AUGUCUUUUGUCUCUCAGUCUCAAUCUAACGUUUCUAUUGAGUUUGAUGAUGUUGGGUUACUAGAAAGAAUGAUCACAUUUGCUCUGUCCACAAUCCCAUGCUGUGUGUUUCUCUUCAUUAAUGGAACCAUUUUGUUCACUCUGAGGAGUAAAUCUGUUUUUCGUGACACCUGUAGAUAUAUUCUGUUGUUUAACCUCCUUCUUGCAGAUACUGCACAGUUAGUAGUAUCUCAGGUUCUGUUUCUAUUUUCUGUUUGCAGAAUUACACUAACAUAUCCUGUUUGUGGCAUGCUAACUGUUUUAGGUAUUCUCACAAAUGUAAUCUCUCCUCUAACGCUGAUGGUGAUGUCUCUGGAGCGGUGUGUAGCUGUGUGUUUCCCGUUGAGACAUGCUAUGAUUGUCACCAUCAGAAACACUAGGCUGGCAAUUAUUGCCGCUUGGACUUUGAGUUCAUUACAUAAUAUCUUUCGUGGUAUUUUGCUAUUAGAUUUUUCUUUUGAAGACCUAGGUAGUCUACAAAUGAAAGAGUUAUGCUCUGAUCGCAUAAUGCAGCUUGGAUCCAGGUCUAAAAUGUAUGAUAAUGCUUUCACUGGUAUCCUUUUUGCUUCAGCAGCCAUUGUAGUCAUUUCUUCCUAUGUUGGUGUAAUAAUAGCAGCCAGGUCAGCAUCUACAGGAAAGGCUUCAGCUCUGAAGGCUCGUAAUACAUUGAUGCUACAUUUGGUGCAAUUAUGCCUCAGUUUGUCUUCAACUAUUUACAACCCAAUGCUUGUAGCUCUUAUAAAAAUUGUUCAAAGUGAAUGGUUUCAACGAUUAAAUAGAUUUCUUUAUAUAUUAAUAAUUAUAUUCCCCAGAUGCUUAAGUUCUUUAAUUUAUGGAAUUAGAGAUCAAACUAUCAGACCUAUUCUUCUGGCCCAUCUAGGUUGCCAACUAAAACAUAAAACUGUUGCAGUCAGUGGUUGA